AUUGCGGCGACCUCUGCACUCGAGAGGGGGGGAAAGGCCCCCCGCGCAUGCGUCCGGCCGGAGCGUUGCUAGGGCGCGCGUGGUGACGGCGGCACGGCGGGGGCUCGUUGGGGACCCGCGGGCGGCCGGGGCGCUGGCGCUUGCCCGCUGCUCCCCGGAGCCCUCCGGCAGCCCCGGGGGAGCCUAUGGAGAGCGGCCCGCGCAAUGCCAUAGUGUUCAACGCCUCCAAGGGCGAGAGCUUCACGCCGGCCGGCGGCUACAAGGCCCUGCGGAAAAGGCUGCGCGGCAGCUGGAAGGUGCUGAGCUUAAAAGAUGAGAUCACUUCUGAGAGACUGUUUGGGGUGAAAUUGUGGAUUACAGCAGGACCAAGAGAGAAGUUCAGUGCUGAUGAGUUUUCUGUUCUGAAGAAAUUCCUGGAGGAUGGUGGGGCCAUCCUGGUGAUGCUCAGAGAAGGUGGAGAGUCCCGGAAUGGCACAAACAUUAACUUCUUGUUAGAAGAAUAUGGGAUCAUUUUCAAUAAUGAUGCUGUAGUACGAAAUGUGUAUUACAAGUACCACCACCCAAAAGAAGCACUAAUCUCUGAUGGAGUUUUGAACAGGUGAGUAUUUGGGGUAUGGGAAUCUUCACAGUAAACUCUUUUCGGAAUCUGCCCGCCUCCCGGCAGCGUUUUUGAAUUCGUUUCCUGCAGAGCUCUCACCUUUGUUUACCCUUUUGGAGCCACACUGAAUGUGAUGAAGCCAGCAGUGGCAAUCCUGUCCACAGGCUCUGUCUGCUUCCCGCUCAACAGGCCUGUCCUGGCUUUCUAUCAGCAUGAGAGCAAAGGUGGAAAGAUGGCAGCCCUGGGAUCUUCCCACAUGUUCAGUGACCAGUAUUUAGAUAAAGAAGAAAAUGGUAAGAUCAUGGAUGUGCUUUUCCAGUGGCUCACAACAUCAGAUAUCCACUUAAACCAGAUGGAUAUGGAGGACCCUGAGAUUUCAGACUACACCGUGCUCCCAGACACGGCCGCGCUCUCCGAGCAGCUGCGAGUGUGCCUGCAGGAAGGAGAUGAGAACCCCAGAGACUUCACAAAGCUCUUUGAUACAUCCCUUUAUCAGCUGGACACAACUGCCCUCCCUUCAGUUAUCAAAGCUUAUGAAGAGCUGAAUAUGAAACAUGAACCCCUCCAACUCAUUCAGCCUGAAUUUGAGACUCCACUACCUGUGCUCCAGCCAGCUGUUUUUCCACCUGCUUUCAAAGAAUUGCCUCCUCCUGCUCUGGAGCUGUUUGACUUGGAUGAAACUUUUUCCUCAGAGAAAGCACGUCUUGCAGAGAUCACAAACAAAUGCACUGAUGAUGACCUGGAGUUCUAUGUGCGGAAAUGCGGCGACAUCCUGGGAGUGACCAGUGAACUCCCAAAGGACAAGCAAGAUGCCAAAUAUAUCCUGGAGCACAUCUUCUUCCAAGUGGUUGAGUUUAAGAAACUGAAUCAGGAACAUGAUACUGACCCAAGUGAAGCUGGAUUCCAGAACAGUACCUGAGACCUGGCUUUCCCCAGUUUGAGCUAGACCUUUUAGGGAAAGUAUAUUUUUCCAUUUUUAAAGUCUCUCUUCUCAGUGUAUUGAUUGGGACUGUCUCAGUAGUUCACUGGAUGCUUGGAUCAUUUAUGUGUGGUAGUUCAGAUAAUUAAUGCCUUCUGGGGAACUGCUUGUAUUUUACAAGCACUUUCCAAAGAAUUUCUUAUUUUUCUACUUCUUUAUUGAAACUGUAAUUUUUUUAAUAUAUUAAAAAAAAA